UGGAAGGGUUUUCUGGCGGGGCUGAGGGCUGGUGUUUGAGGAAGUGGUGUUAACAGCGCUGUGGUUUUUCUGAUGAUGAAAGAGGUUGGAGUGUCGCCCUGUGUCCUUGGCGUUUAAACGAAGCCGGCAUGUGUUCAGCAGCGGGGGUUUUCAUGCAAGACUUCGUUGCUGCGGCUCCAAAGGCGCUGCUCGCGAUUAAUGAGUUAAGCUGCUCGUUUAAAAAAAUCCUCUCCACCUCCCCUAAUGUGCCUGGACCGAUUGAUCACCCCCUACAUACCCUCAAUCAUUAUAUAGUGGCAAAUGUUGCUUUCUGUGCUGAGUGUUGUUUGUUUUUAAAGAUUCCUGUUUAUUUCCCUUAUUGAUAAAUAAGUUCCUUCUCCUUCCUGCUCCCCCCUCCCUUUUCUCCUCCCCCAGAAUUAAAUUCCUGAGCAACAGCAAAAGCUGAUGUCAGUGCUUCAGCUUGCAUUGGGGGAGCUCUGUGCACAGGUCAGUAAUUUGCGGUUUCGUUGGAAGGAAGAACGCGGUGCAGGGCUGUUCUGAUAGGGAUAUUUGGAUUUUUCUAGGCAUGGAUGCAUUUAUCCCUCGUAUUGCGGUAGUUAUCCACGGCUCCCUGGUGGGAGCUGGGUGCUGCAUAAGCUUAUGUAGGAGAGACCAUCCCUGUCCCAAGCAGCUGGCGAUGGCGAAUGCAUUGGGAAUGGUUGCCAGAGGUUCCAUCUCCCCAUGAUUUGGGGUAGUAAGGCAGACCCCUCUCCCGCAGGAAAGGGUGAGGAUAUCCAAGCAGGUAGCGCUGAGGAUUGCACCUGGCAGCGCAGGGGCCAUGAUAACCUUGAGAGCAGCUUGCCCGUGGAGCAGUGUUUGACAUUGGCUUGCAUUGUCUCAUCGUCCUGCGCUGAGGCAAAGGCUCGGGGCAGGGCUGCCUGCAUGCCCAAAGGCGGCUGUGGAGAGCUUUGUUUUCGGGAGGAAUCGGUGCUUUUGGGUUUGGCCUUGCCUCUGUGUGCCUCUGCUCGCGCUGUCGGAGGGCUGUGCCGGGAGGACUCUCUCUGCAGUUUGUUGAGGUUUGAGUCUGCAUGGCGGUUCCUGCACUCGCUUUGAUUUUGCUUGUAACGGCUCCCGAAACGAAAUAAGCUAUGCCACCAAGAAAAUCCUCCUGGCCAUAGUGUAUUUGGGAUUUUGAAACACCCUCAAGGACUUUGCAGGUGUCUUGUCCCAAAUUUUACAUGGCACAGCCACAGUGGCAGAGCCUGGAUGUGCAGGAUUGUCUAAAUGGCUGGGACAAGAGUAGACAGGCGAGAGUGUGAGCAGCACAGGGAUGCCCACAUGCCUCUUUGCAAUGGCAGCAUGCAGAAAUUCCUGCCCUUGGUCUAUUGGCAACACAAUUGAGAGGCUCAAACCUGAGGCUGGAAGAUUUCCAAGCAGAGAUGUCAGCAGCUCUAGAAGACACCAAAAGUCUUCUAACCCAACAGAUUGUCCUCCUGUGGCUUUCUGUUGUCCUUGCUUAGACAUAAAGUCAGGAAAACCUGGAUCUAGCAUUGUUCUUUAAAAUCUAGCCUCAGCUAAGCUUGGGAGAGCUGAACAAAGUGGCCAGAGUUCUUAGGAGCAUUCACUGGGGACUCUGCAUGGAGAUUAUUCUUGCAAAUACUGCACCGUGUUUGUCUGCAGUGUGUUUUUGCUGGGUGCCAGUGAGAAAGCCACUGAGCCUUUGGAGAGCUUAUAUUCAACUAAUAUUAAAUGCAACGUCACUUUUACUACAAAAACACCCCUGAGGGCUGGGUAGGACUAAGCAGUAGUAUCUGUCCUAUGCUGCCAAAUUGGAUCUUAAGGGGUUGGGGAAAACUCUCUUCUCUCCUGUGCAACCCUGUCCUCCCCUAGGAAAUCUCCACAGGCUGGAAACCCAUUGUGGAUUUCUGAAGUGACAUGAAUAUAAGUGAGUCCCCAUUCCAUACCUACCCCUUACCUCUGCACCAGCUGCUGUAAUCUGCAUGGGGGACAAGGGUUUUUCCUCUUUGGGUUUGCUUCCUUGCCUUUAAACAAGGCUUUUCUUAGGGAUCAGAGGUUAAUUUCUGUGGUGCACAGCUCAGCUCCCAAAGCCCUGGGCACAGUCAGGUGAAGAGCAUGUUCACACUAUAAAGAAUGGGAGGAGGAAAAGAAGGUGCUCCAGCGUUUGGCAGCCCUGUUUUAUGGUGCAGGCUCAUAGGACACUGCCAUCAUACUGAAACUGUGCCAGCAAACUGAAUCUGGUCGAGAAGGAGGUGAUGACGAGAAGGAGCUUGUGGAUGCUGUCCCUCUCUCCCAGUAGGACAGCCAGGGAGAGUCUGUAGACUGUUCUGCCCUCUGCCAUGUGUAUAAUGGCAGUGUUACGGGGGAGAUGGUUGCAGAAAUUCCCAGGUGCUCACAGUCUCUGGGUCUCCCUGCACUCUUUUCCUUGCUGCUAUGCAGAGAAACUCCCGCAGCCAGAGCGGCAAUGCAGUCAUACAGUGGGGAAAGCUCUGACACUCCUCUGUAUCCCCAUGCCCUCUGGGUUUUAAAACCUGUUUUUCAAGCUUCACAUUUCUUCUCUGAAGAUACACCUGUCCCGCCUGAUGCCAGUGGGAAGGAGCACCUGACGUAAUUGUAAGGGAGGUUCAGCACAAUGAGUUGGCACUCUGGGCAUUAGCAGCGUGAGGAGAAUAGGACGGGUGCUGCCCUGCUCACCCCUCACCCCUCGCUCAUUCCCCUUGGGGACACGGGUGCCCUGCCCUUUCACCCCUUGCUCCCCACUUGCCAUAGAGGGGACUGGCCCGUUAUGGCUGGGGACAAGCUCCCACGCAAGGUGAUGGACCCCAAGAAGCUGGCCAGCCUCCUGAGGAAUGGCGCCGAGGGCACCCUGGUCAUCGACAGCCGCUCCUUCGUGGAGUACAACUCCUGGCACGUCCUCAGCUCUGUCAACAUCUGCUGCUCCAAGCUUGUCAAGAGAAGGCUGCAGCAGGACAAGGUCUCCAUCACGGAGCUCAUCCAGCCUGCCUCCAAGAUGAAGGUGGAGGCCGAGGACCACCAGGACGUGGUGGUCUACGACCAGAGCACACGGGAUGUCACCGGCUUGGCUGCUGACAGCUUCCUCUCCAUCCUCCUGGGCAAGCUGGACAGCUGUUUCCACAGCGUCUCCAUCCUCACAGGAGGCUUUGCCACCUUCUCAUCCUGCUUCCCAGGGCUCUGUGAGGGGAAGCCAGCUGCCAUCCUGCCAAUGAGCAUCUCGCAGCCAUGCUUGCCUGUGGCCAACGUUGGCCCCACGCGCAUCCUGCCACAUCUCUACCUGGGCUCCCAGAAGGAUGUCCUGAACAAGGACCUGAUGACACAGAACGGGAUAAGCUAUGUCCUAAAUGCCAGCAACUCCUGUCCCAAGCCAGACUUCAUCUGUGAUAGUCACUUCAUGCGCAUUCCUGUCAAUGACAACUACUGUGAGAAGCUGCUUCCCUGGCUGGACAAGUCCAUUGAAUUCAUCGACAAAGCUAAGGUGUCCAGCUGUCAGGUGAUUGUGCACUGCUUGGCUGGGAUCUCCCGGUCAGCCACCAUUGCCAUCGCCUACAUCAUGAAGACCAUGGGUAUGUCAUCAGAUGAUGCUUACAGGUUUGUUAAGGACCGUCGCCCAUCCAUCUCGCCCAACUUCAACUUCCUGGGCCAGCUCCUGGAGUACGAGAGGAGCCUGAAGCUUCUCAAGGCCCUGAAGUCAAAGGGCGACUGGGGCGAGGGGGACGCGCAGCAGGACCCAGCAGAGGUGGCUGAGAGCAGCCGGCAUCCCCUAACACCUACCUCAGAGAAGGCCGAGGAUGUGCCGAGGAGCGCCGGCUCGGCAUCCCCCACCAGUGACCCCGAGCGGCAGGGCGGGACCCCAAAGGUCCUGUCACCCACCACCCUGCAGCAGGGGCUCAAUGGCCUGCACCUCUCCUCCGAGCGCAUCCAGGACACCAACCGCCUGAAACGCUCCUUCUCCCUGGACAUCAAGUCUGCCUACUGCCCCGGCCUGCGGCAGGACCCCCCCGGGCCCCCUGGACCUGGGGAAGCCCCCAAACUCUGCAAGCUGGACAGCCCCUCGGGCUCGGGCAGCCUCAGCCCCUUCUCCCCAGGGGCGGACAGCCCUGACCGGCCCACGGGGCCCGAGCUGCUGCUGGAGGCCAAGGUGAGGCAGCGGCGGAAGCACCGGCACGCAGCGGGCUCGCCGGCCCAUGGGCUCAGCCUCAACGUUGGCGGGACCUGCGCCACGCGCAAGAGCCCCGGCGCCGAGGACGGGCUGCCGCCGCGGCUCAGCCAGCCGCCCACCGCGCCCGGCGCCGCCACCGCUGCCUGGAGCGGGGUGCACCUGGAGUCCCCCAGCACUGCCUCGGGCGAGGCUGGCUGGUACUUCGGCAAGGACUCCGGCAGCACUGGCGGCAGCGGCGGGGGCCUGUUUCCCAGCGCCGGCCCGUACCCGCCGCCGUUCGGCUGCGGCGCAACAGCGGCCGGCUGCGAGAUCAGACUGAGGGACAAGGCGCGGGCCGAGGCACGGGACGGGCGGCACAGCUGGCAUGAGGAGGCCGGCGCCGAGAAGCAAUUCAAGCGAAGGAGCUGCCAGAUGGAGUUCGAGGAGACCAUGUCCGAGGGCAGGGCUCGGGAAGAGCUGGGCAAAAUCAGCAAACAGUCCAGCUUUUCGGGCAGCAUGGAGAUCAUCGAGGUGUCCUGACACUCAUCUGGGGUGCCCGGAGACCUGGGACGGGGCUGGGGUGGGGGGAUAUUUAAGCUGGGGAGAGCGGGAAGGGGGCGGUGGGGUCGGGGGGUGUAUUUAUACUUGCGCGUGCAUUUUCGGGAGCGCAAGCGCUGAAACCGAAGCGAAGGUGGACGAGUCUUUCCAGAGUCAGGAAACAUAGUGGCGGAUGCUUAGUGUCCCUCCUGCACUUGCCCUGGUCCUUUCCCGCCCGUCCCCAGGGUGCCCCAGCCCUCAGAGACCCACACUGAAAAUUUGGGCCUAAAACUCAAGUGGGAAGAGUUGGGGAAGUGGCAGGGAUUGCAGUUUUGGCUAUGGUGAUGGGGCACAGCACCUGGAGGGGGGACCACAGCUGCCCCUUCUCUGCACCCUGGUGCACUAAGCAUGCUCCGCUGUGUUUCUCUGGCUAAGUAUCCUAAAAAUGCUGCACUGGAGCAGCCCUAUACAUAUAUAAAUAUAUAUUAUAUAUAAUAUAAAGAAAAAAACCCGAAAACACACACACAAAAGAAAAGGUAAAUGGUUUUACUGCAAUUUUUAUUGAGACGUAAAUAAUAUUUCAAUUUUUUUGUUUUGUUUUUAAUUUAUUGAAGCUGUUCAUUCUGGCAAUGAUUUGCAGACAAUGUGGGGCGGUACUUUCAGCUCUAUUUUUACUGUGUAUGGUAUUUAAAUCUGAAAUACGAGUUUCUAAGCAAUA